AGAGAAUGGGCUGAAGUUCUGGUCAGACUCUGCAUCAAGUGAGCAGUCCUACUACUGGCAGCCGUCGGCCAUCACCAUUGAGACCACAGCGUACGCCCUCCUGGCUCAUCUUCGUCAGAACAAAAUUGCAGAGGCGGUCCCUAUCAUGAAUUGGCUGAGUCAGCAGAGGAACCACCUGGGAGGAUAUGCGUCCACACAGGACACAAUAGUGGCGCUGCAGGCUCUGUCCGAGUUUGCCGUGUUGCAGUUUGGAAAAGUGUCUGGGUCACUAACUGUCUCUACCGCAUUGCCGAGCAGCUCCAUCACCGUGCAGCUGUCCGGCAUGAAUGCCACGGACAAGCGCAUUGUGAAGAUUUCUACAAGCUCGAAUUUAAAUGUGACUCUGUCUGGAACUGGUAAUGGACAAGUUAUUGCACAGCUGAACGUGUUCUACAACUUGCGGGAUUCCCCGGUGGUACGCAGGGCUCGCUCGGCAGCCCCCAGCCCAAGCUACGAGCUCGAUGUGUACUUCGAAGACACCGGGGUUAACGGUUCCAUCGGGGAGCAGGUGGUGCUGACAGCAUGCACAAGAUGGAUGGGCCAGGAUGCCUCUGGCAUGGCCCUCAUGGAGACGAACCUGCUCAGUGGCUUCUUGGGUGAUGACAAAAUCGCCCUAACUGACAACCUCAAGCUCGUGGAGACAUCGACAGGAAAAAUCCACCUCUACUUUGUCAAUCUAAAUGAGAAUUCAACUUGUGUGAACAUCACACAGCAUAGAGUUGCACCAGUGGCAAAAACAAUGGAAGCAUUGGUUUCAAUUAGUGACUACUAUGAACCAAGAACAAGAGUGGAGAUGCAAUACAAAUCCCUAAAGCUGUCUAAUAUAACCUUGCAGUCCUUAUGUGGUGAAAACUGCACGUUUCAAAGCAAUGUACUUGCUAACACCACUACUGCAAAGGCUAGCGGCAUUAUGUCAGGUAGUGGUAUGAACCCUUUUCUAUGGUUCCUGAUGCCUGCUGCCUUCUACCUGUCCUGGAUGGGGCUCUGAAGAAUAAUCCUCUAUGACUAGGGGGCCUUGAAAGCACUCGCUCACAGCUAUGUUAUUUGUAUCCACUUCACAAUGUGUGCCUUCUAAUCAAAUAGAAAAAAAUAUGUAAUAAAACAUAAAACAAAUCAUAUGAUACUUUAUAACUGGUAUGUUUCAGUUGCUAAUGUAUGUGUAGCCAAAGAUGGCUGAGCAGGGGGUUAGGAAUAUUGUUUUGGAAUACCGUUAUUGGUGGUGGCUGUCAACUCACAUUUGACAUUUUUCAACAUAUAACAAGAGCUCUCCUUUAAACUAACAUACAUAAUCAGGAUGUAUUAUAGCAUUACACGCCACAAAUAUAUAAAGGAGAAAUGCAAGUUAAUAAACAUGCAACUUAUGGGCCUGCACUGAUUAAAAAUAUCAAAACCUGAAUCACUUUGUUCAACAAUCAUGAGAUACCAUUACCAUAUUUGCAUUCUCUUUCUGUAAGGGCACACUUUUCCCAGUACUUUUUUAAUUUCUUGGAACAACUGUUGCUUUUGUGUUUAUAUCUGUAACAGUGCCAUAAACAUUCCUUUCAGAGCAGGUCAUUGUUUAGGGAAGUAUGUGCACAAGAUUGAUAACGAAUCAUUGAAAUCAAGAAAUAAUAAACACGAUUAAUUGUGAAUAAAUGGUUUACUGGGUGUAUGUGGUAUGUUUCAAUGUUUAUUUCUGUGCGAUGGCGAUGUGCACCGUUAUGUUCUAAACAUGUUUUUUGGGUCUUGUGUGCAUUUAGAAGAGACAUAAGAAUGGCUCGAGUUAAAAGCAGGUAUUCAAUAAUGGCUGAAGUCAUUUCCAAUGUCCACUAUUUUCACGAACCCACCCUGCCCAGCGUGGUGAAGUAUGGCCAUAUAUCUUGCCCCAAUGGUAGUGCAGCCUUAAACUUGGUCUUCAGUCACUUGGUGCAUGAUGACAGCAGGGUUUGUAUAGGUGUAAGUAAUGUUAUGAGCCUUUGGGUAACAACACGGGACCUCGAUUUUACAAUUUCCACAUAAAAUGUGCAUACUUUUAUCUAAAGAAUCAAAUCUUGCUUCAUGGGAAACAAUUGAAAUAAACUGGGUGGAACAUAAUUGAUAUCAGCAAGUGAAGAAGGAAAGUGAAGAACCCCAUACCUCUCUGUACUCACUGUACUAUGCUAAUGAUCUGCUAAAUGUUAUUUCCAAAAUUAGGAUAAAAAUUACUGAGUUUCUUACGAUGCUUUGUGCUAACAAUUGGGCCAUGACGUUUUGACGAGAAAUGUAACAAUGCCAAUAUCUCGAUCUCAUUCCAUAAACAAUGGUUGGCAUCCAAAUGCAUAACAAGACAAAGUGGCACAUGCCAGGAUGUUAACCAAAGCCAACAACGGCUUCUUCCUGAAGAAGAUAUUUCAAAGGAGCUCCUCUGGCUUUCCACCAGAUUUCCAUUCAAAAUUAGUUGCUCAUUGAGAUAUUCUUUGGGUCUUUCGGUAAAGUCACGUAGAUAGGUUCAAAGUACCUUCAUCUUAGAGAAAUAAAUUCCGUAUAUUCGAAAUUGCUAUUUUAAAUGUAGAAAAUGAUUCAAAAGCAAGCUACUCAUUUUGUUAAAAAUAACAAUUGUCAAGCAAGCAAAUUCUAAACCAGUUCAUCAGUGGUCUCAUUUUCAGAGAUAGUCUUGCAUGAACUAUUGCUGGUCAACGAUAGUCUUGCAUGAACUAUUGCUGGUCAACUUCCAGAUGUUUAUUACUGUUAGGUAUGGGUCCGAGUUUGUUGCAGAAAUACAGCAAUACCUCGAUAUACGAAGUAGAUGCGUUCCUGGAGCCUCAUUCAUGUAUUGAAACUUCGUAUAUUGAAUACUACUAGAAUGAGCCAAGAAUGUGUUCCGCACGUGACGUCACUCCACAUUAC